AUGGAAAUGAUCAACAGUCUUGACCAUGAAGAACAAACAAUACAAAUUGCUAUUGCUAAUAACAACUUGAUCAUUCAAUACCUUCUCAAUCAACAAAGCAACAAUGAGACCCACGACAACUCGGUUCGAAGACGUGCCUUCAUCCACCGUGAUCGAGAAAGUGCACAUGAGAGAUUGUUCAAUGACUACUUCUCUGAAACUCCACUGUAUAAUGAUGCUAUGUAUCGCAGAAGGUCUCGUAUGUCUCGUUCUCUAUUUCUUCGUAUUAUUAACGCAGUUGAAAGUCAUGACAACUACUUCACUCAAAGGAGGGAUACAACUGGUCGACUUGGACUGUCACCCCUUAAAAGAGGAAGAGCUGUAUUCCGGAUGCUAGCGUAUGGGCUUCCAGCAGAUGCCACAGAUGAGUACGUUAAAAUAGGUGAAUCAACAGCAAUCGAAAGCAUGAAACGUUUUUGUCGAGCUAUAGUGGAUAUUUUUUCGGAGCAAUACUUACGCUCACCAACAGCCAAUGAUGUUGCAAGACUUCUUUACAUUGGUGAAAAACGAGGUUUUCUAGGAAUGCUUGGUAUUGCUCCUCCUUGUCAUUAUGUCAUUCAAGGAAAAGAGUUUAAUAUGAGUUAUUAUUUAGCGGAUGGUAUAUAUCCAAAAUGGUCCACCAUUGUGCAAACUAUUCACGAGCCAAUGGGUCCUAAGAAAAAAUAUUUUGCUACACAACAAGAAGCAUGUCAGAAAGAUGUAGAACGUGCAUUCGGAGUUCUCCAAUCACGUUUUGCAAUUGUGAAAGGACCAGCUCGUUUUUGGGGAAAAAAUGUGAUACAUGACAUAAUGACUACAUGUAUAAUUUUAAGUAAUAUGAUAAUCGAAGAUGAGCGUGAUCUCAAUGCACCAAUUGAAGUUGGAAGAAAAGCUCCACCACCAGAGGUGGAAAUAGCAGAAGAUGAAACUAUCCGAUUUCAAGAAUUUCUUGGGCGAUAUAGAAAAAUCAGAGACAAAGAAGCUUAUUUCUCACUUCGAAAUGCGCUGAUUGAUCAUUUGUGGGAAAAGUAUACUAAUUCUGAUGCUUAA